CCUGGUCAUCCUGACAGACUCUGACCCUGGCUCUUCCUACUCCUCUUCCACUCCAGGACAUCCUACUUAACUAAUCCUGACAUGAGUUUCUUGUGCUUUAGUCUACAAGUUAGGAAAGAGGGGAAGUGAUAAACUGAAGCUCUCCAACCUGUUGAGGGAUUAGGGGUUCUUGUAAGGCUCCCCAGGGCCUAGCUCUGACAAAGCGUCUGCAACUAAUGACGCUUCUUGAGCUCUGGAGACAGGAUUUAUGCAUCUAAUAAAGUCUAUAACUCCAGGCUUAGGGGCCUGGGGCAGGAGGCUGAAAGCAUGAAGUCCUGGGGGUGCCAUGGGAGGAGAUCCCAGGCGGCUCCUAAUGAGCCCUGCAUUUCCAUUUGCCUGCUCUAGAUUCCCCUAAGGCUACUGUGAGGCUGGGGGUGUGGGGGACAGCAGGUAUAAGAGGCUGGGGUGGCUGUAGGAGGGUGGAUGGCAGCAUGGAUUCUAGGCAGGCUGCUGCACUGCUGGUGCUGCUGCUGUUAAUAGACCAGGGCUGUGCUGAAGGGCCAGGCGGCCAGCAAGACCACCAGCUCCCCGCGGUGAGUGUGUCCCAUCCCCAUAUCACCAUUGCCUCUACCUCGGUUAAGACUUGUGCUCUAGGUUCUGAUACUUUCUCUGGCUGCCAAGGUUGCCAUUAGGUCCUCAAAUCUGAGGAAAUGGUUCUGCAGCCUCCUACCCCUUGCCCCUGGAAGCCAGUCCCUUCCCCUUGUGACUUACAUGUCCAGGGUAUUUGCCCAUCUUCCUUCCCUGAUACCCCCUUGGCACAGGAGGAAGACAGUGAACCCCUCCCGCCACAGGAUGCCCAGACCUCUGGGUCACUGUUGCGCUACCUGCUCCAGGCAAUGGAGAGACCUGGCCGGAGCCAAGCCUUCCUGUUUCAGCCCCAGAGGUUUGGCAGAAAUACCCGGGGAUCCUGGAGCAAUGAACGGCUGAGUCCCCGGGCUGGAGAGGGGCUGAAUUCCCAGUUCUGGAGCCUGGCUGCCCCUCAACGCUUUGGGAAGAAGUGACAUGUCAUCCCUUGAUAUGUUUGCAUGCAAGGCCCACACCCAAAAGUGUCAAUAUUUGCCCCCCAAAUAAAGUUGUCUGGCUUCUGAA